AUGAUAAACUUUGACUUCAAUAGUUUGUAUUGGAAUAAGAGUUUAAUUGAAGGUUACAUUCUAGGUGAAGAAAAUCUGAUUGUAACAGAAAUUCCAAAAACAGAAGCAAAUUAUAAAAAUCUUUGUCCACUGUCAGCUGACAUCUCUGAAAUUAAAAGACAUUUUUAUUCAAUCAAAGAAAUCUUGCACAGCAAAGACCAGAUUACUGAUGUCAGCCUUCUGAAUGUCAGCAAACUAAACAAAUUGAAACACUCUGAGAGAUGCUGUUUCCUUCUCCAAUUGACACAUUUCUAUGUCAACAAUGUGUUUACCAAUGUGGAAUUCAACACAACCAAGGAGUUCCGAAGUCUUCACCACUUGGCCAACUCUAUUAUUAGCCUAAAGAUGGAACUCAAGGACUGUCAUUCAACGAUGAGAUGCUAUUGUGGAGAUCAGUCGCACCAAAUGAUUAAAGAUUUCAAGGCAGAAUAUCACAAGCUAAAUACUGAAGCUGCUGCUCUGAAAGCUGUUGGCGAUCUGAAUAUACUUCUCCACUGGAUAGAAAAGUCAUUCCUUAAUUGA